UGCAACAUUCAUGUUUGUGUCUUGUCAUUGGAGAGAAGUGAUAACCUCUCGAUAAAGCAUUUUUUUCUCCCACACGAGAUAAACCUGGAGAGCGUUCAAGAACUAUCAACAUUAGUGCAGUGUCGGGGACGCUAAUAACAGAGGUUAUGUGUUAUUCAACAAAUCGCGUACAUAAAAUCAAAUCAAAACUGGUUCUCAAAAACAAAAACAACGAACGUCAAAGUAAUAACCAACUGGUGCAUGAACUGAAGAUUAAUAAGAGAAAGAAAAAAACAGUGCCUCUCAGAUAACAUUUAGGAGAGUUAGUAAUAGAUAAAGAUAAACUAGUCUGAAGUUUUAGUGACUGUGUAAAAUGAUCGCCUUGGUGUUGUGCUUGGUUGGCAAAAUAAUUGAAGUGGCAAAAAGUGCUUUCAGUAAUUGUGAAUUAGAACAGUUUGAACCUCGUAAUGGAAAUACUCGGAAGCGCAGAAAAAGGUCACGAAAAAAGAGGAAACGGAAAGGGCCACCGCCACGGCUGGGGCUGAAGGCGGCGAGCCCCGGGGUGGCAGGCGCCGACGAGGACUGCAACAGCAAUACCAGCCUCACCGGGAGCCAGCACUCGCACGAUGACAUCGACGCGCACUGCGAUAACUCCGGGUACCUCUGGUUCCUCGACUACAACCCAAUUUUUCGAGACGGCUCCUGCCACCACACCUCAGUGCUGUCCUCCGUGUCUGCCUCCUACAAAGGCAUAAGCGACCUAACAUCACGAUUCGAAUUCACGUCCCGCUACAACGACAUUGCGCGGGACCUCGACGCGAACCUCGCUGAGGCUGACAUGGAGAGUUUUAGGACUGAAGACAUACACGCACUGUUGAUGACCGCCAACUUGCCACACGACACCAUCAUUGACGACAGGACGCAUGAUAGUAACCCCCGAGGCGAGAUGUUCGCGAGCAUCUCUAGCUCUCUCAUGGAAAGAUUUCGAUUCGACAGCAGUGUCAGUGCCGACAGUAGUUUCCAGGGUGAAGAAUCCGUCGGUUCGAUCAACACAAUGUCGAUAUGCAAGUCAGAACUUCUGUUCUCCCCCGUAAAGGAGGGUGCGCAUGGCGUUCACUUCAGCGUGGACAGUCUCGACUGCGAGCUGCCCUCUGAGCAGGACCUCAUUCUCACCUGCCAAGCCAACAAGGACAACUACACCAUCGCCUUCGAGGGCAGUCUCACCACAUACUCUGAGGACAGUGAGUGCGUUGAACCAGCCGUCAAUCAAAAACAUGACAAAUUGGGCGAGGAAGAAACCUUAGUUUUAGAUAACGAUGAAAGAACGCGCAGGAAUUUAGAAUUAUUAGAGAGAUGUAAGAAAUUAACUAAUAAAUUAACGACGUCUAUGGCUAGGAGCGAUUUAGGAUUAACUACUUGGAGUAAGCUCAAGAAACAAACCAGUCAGUCACCCUUAAGGAGGCAUCCCUCUGGAAAUAACAAUGAAGGUUCAAAUGAUGCGACCGAUGCAACAGACGACAACAUGAGCAAUUCAGUCAUCAAAAGCCAAAGUUUGCCAAAUCUGUACAGGCGGAAACUUAUGAAUAGUUCCAUAAAUUCAGCUGCUCUGAGUAAUUCAACGGUUGAUUCUUUCACCGUGAAUCAAAGACUAAUGGGCACUCCUAUGUGCAUGAAAGUAUACGAUGUCUCACAACAGCGAUCAUCUCAGGGAAGUCAACAUUCGGAACCUAUGAGCACUUCUUCAACUGACAAUCAAACUUCAUCAGACAAGAGUCAACCAAAACAAGCAUUUAGCCUAGUAAAGUUAUUUAUGAAACAAAAAAGUAUGAGCAACGAUGGCAUUGUAAGCAUGGAUCAGCUGGACAGAUCGGAAUGCUGGCCUUCAAGCUCUGGUGGUGAAAGCGGAGAGUCCAUGGGCGAACAAAGACUAGUCGAUUCUAAAACCGCAAUCUCAGAGCGACCUCAAAUAGAAUUACCUAGCACUGCAGUAGAAGAGGUAUCAUCAGUCGUCUACGAGGAGAUACAAUCAGUGAAUCCAUUUAAUAACAGAGUUUAUGAUGAAGUAUUGAUCGAAGAAGAGGAAACAGGCGAUGGCACUAAGUUGAGUGAUAGUGAAACCAAUCUUUAUGCCACUGUGAACAAACCACAUCUUAAGAGAACUAAUUUAAAUGUUAUGAACAGUCCUUCGAGAAUGAGAAGUAAUAGAAAAUCAUGUUCUUCCCAAUCUUCGGCCACUAGCGUUAGCAUUUCAAGCUGUUCUGAAUCCGAUGGAACUCAGAUCACAAGAAUGAAUAAGCUUUUACAGCGUGAGCAAUGUGACCAUAAAUCAACUUCAACUCACCUUGAAGCUGAUACUAUAGAUAAGAGUAUACAAACAUCCAGCAUGCAGCUGUCAAACAUGUCGCAAAGAGAACUAUUCAAGGUUGUCGAGCCGUCGUUUUUAGAGAAACUAAAAGAAGGAGAUUGCGAGAAGCCUGUAUUUGUCCUGUAUCCUAGCUAUACUCUGCCAGAUAUCAGUUUCUUGAACGGACGACCAAAUAUUUAUUUAAAUCCUUUGAAAAUAAAUAUAACACCCAGAUCAAGUGAAAGCAAAAGGAAUCGGUUGCAGGUAAAAGGUAAACGACCCUUCUCAUGCAAUGAUCUUGAAAUGCUAAAGAAAAAAGGAGUUGGUCAUAUUAAAGAUUGGGAUUCUCUUAACUUUUUACUUCCAAUGGAAUGCAGGCAAUUACUAUCUGAAGUGCCUGAACUUAUGCAACACAUGAAGGAAAAAGAGGGAGCACAAAAAUGUUCUGAUAAGUAUUGCAAUGCUUCGCCUGCGGCAAGAGCCAAAAAUCGACCGAUGAGUUGUGAUUGCAAUAAUCUAGCUGGUAAUACUACAGCAGUAUCUUCGAGUUCAAGCACAGCCACUCAGCCUUCUUCAGGAUAUCGUGGUUCAUCCACAAUGCUAACAGAUUCUUCCGCACAAAACAGUCCCGCACCUGCUGGAAAUUUCAAUCCUUUAUUCGUAUAUCGGUACGAUAGUGCCACAAGCUCUGAGGCGAGCGGUGUAAAUAAUGAUGGACAAAGAAUAAACCCCAAUAUUCCAAAACGAUCAUUGUCGUUAGCAGAUCAAAAUCGCAUUCCGAAACAAGGCGAAUUAGCACCGCCGAGGCCACCAUUACCAAAGAGCAUAUUGCGUAAGUCCAUGGAUAAAACACGCAAAUCUAGUGCACAUACAAAACGAUACAGCAUGUUUGAAAUGGAUGAUCUUAUUCAAGAUCCAGUCGUUUGCAUGACAGCUGCGACGGAACAUAAAACUAAGAGACGAUCAUUACAAGAACCUUAUUACCUUCAAAAUCAAACUGUAGACUAUAGAAAGAAUAAUGAUCUAGCUGCAAAAAGGUUAUCACAACAAUUCCUCGAUGCUGCCGAGAAAGAUGCCGAUUAUAACGAAUACUAUCCAGAUGAAGGUGUUGGAACAGAAAGUAGUCUAGAAUCAGGCAAAUCUAAUGAACUCAAGUUUCAUAGACCACAUACUCCACCGUUGCCUAAACCAAGAACCAAGAAAAUGGAAUAUACUGAAUUCCCUCCUCCUGGUGCACUAAUCAGCAGUGCAGAUUUACAACAACUUGAAGAGUUUUUGAAACACAGUGGAUUCAAUUGUCUAAACAUGGAUGAAUGGGAUCAAAAUCAAGUUCAAAAGGUAAGGAACCAAGUGUCCAAAUUUCUUCAGAUGAAACGAUCUAUGGAAGAAAACCAAAGAUCCACUGAAUCAAGCGGCAGUAGUUGUAACAGUAAGAAGUCUGUGAGUUUUGCGCAGAAAUCUGAGGUCCCCAAGACCGACGGUCAACCAUCUCAAUUAAAACCUAUGGAAGACGUAAAGGGUGUCAGUCUAACAACGCCACCUAACUCGCCAAACAUUUCCGCUGUGAUAGCGCAAAGGCUUUACCAGGGCAAGAAUCUGGCAGAAAUACCAAUUUGCGAGGAAGCUGAAGUGAGCCCUGAUGAAUUUGGAAGCCCCAUUCACCAUGAUGCUAGAGGCAAAUAUGAUAUCAUCGAUGUGUCACAAAAGAGAGCUUUAGUCUCAAACGUGACCGAUGCUGUAGAAAUGUUGAUUCAACAUUUCUCGUCUGCCACGGAUCAAGCAGAGUUAGCUUUCUUAGGAGACUCGAAGGAAUCACCGGCCUGUGCUAAAAUCGCACUGAACGCACUUUGCCCAGCCUUGUACGCGAUAUUCAGGGAUGGCCUAAAAGAGAACAUCGAGACCUCUUUUGGAGCAGUAAAUAACUCGGUUUGGCAAAUGGUCGAAGCAACCGCUAGACAAGGACCGAUUACAAAAUCUCUCAAUGAAUUGGUACUGAGGAUUAACAGCGAAGAUGCAGUCACUGAGGGAUUAGUUAAAUUCAAUGCGUUCAUCCUUGGUCUACUCAAUGCUCAAUCCGUGGACGCUUGGGUUUCAUAUAUACGUACUCGGGAAUCUAUAUUAGCAAAACACUACAGUCCUGAUUCUCUGAUCCUCGCUGGUUGUGUGGGCGAGACGCGAUGCCGAGCCCUUCUCGAUACGCUAUUGGCCAGCUUGGAACCUCUAAAACUUCUUCCCUUCUCCCUGGACCUCAUGUUUGAAAUGCGUGAACUGCACAGAAGUUUCAAGAAGAUCGAAAGCGAUAUGCGUGCUGCUAGUCGGCCCACUUCGAUUAACACUCCACCACUAACCCUGAACCAGCGGAAUUUGCUGAAGCUGGUGCGUUCGAUGCAGUCGAGCGGUCUCUCCAGCGACGAUUGUCAAACAAGUGUCAUUAUGAGACACAAAGAACCUAAAAACAAAGAACCCUCUACUCCCGACCUGCUCAAUGAUUCGGCAAAUGUAAAGACUACCGUAGAAAAGAAUAGACCACGCUCAUGUGUGAAUCCGACAACCAUUGGUUAUGACAUUUGUCCGAACAAUAGCAGAAUAGAGAUAGAAACUAACCGCAGAUGGUCCGGCGUGCACUUGGGUUCCAAGUUAAUGCAGGCGUUUGAUAGACUCGUGUUCGACGACAGCGACGAUUACACUGAUAGUCUAGAAAACAAUAAGCCUCCCUCUGCUAAGCCCUCCAGCAAUGACGUGAAGCUGGAGUGCAGCGGAGAGGAGAAUUGGCGACCAGGGUCAGCCAGCAGCGGUACCAGUGGCAACACUGGCAACGGCAGCGGCAACUCUGGUGGCAAAUUCCGUCGUCUGCAACUCAAAUGGGAAAUGCUCAGCAACGCUGAAAGUCCCGUCACACCUUCAGGAGAGACGUCCCCGGCGGCGGCGCGUGGCUCCAAGAUCCCCAGGCCCGUGUCAUCGCCCGUGCGGCCGGUGGCACCCGCUCUGCAGUCACCAGCCAAGAAUACCACCCAUCGGGGUAUCCCAGUGCCGGUUCGUAAGGGAACUUCACCGACGACGUCGACUCCCAGAGCGACCAAUGCACGUGCGGGAACUGCCAACAAGAAACCUCCGCAGGCUGCUAACAGAGUAUUACCCGAGACGACAGCGAAGAGACCCGAAGUGAAGCCGCGAGUUCAAAAUGUAGCUGUUUGUAACCCUACAGUUGUUAAGAGAACACCGACGUCCCGCGUGGACGGCGCAAGUCAUGGUGGCGCGGCGCCCAGGCCGUCAUCCCUGCCGUAUGGACGCACGCCGCCACCCGCCGCGCCGCGCCGGGCCGCCUCCUCUUCUGCAGCAAGAGCUAGCCACACCAGCAACCAGCAGAAGCAUAAGUACGUCAGAACACUGUGGCACCGACUACCUUCAGACUCGGGCCACCUCGCGUUCAACGAAGGUGAGCGCCUCCGACUAAUCCUGGAGGUAGACGAUCAGUACCUGCUGUGUUGUCGCGGCGAGCAGAAGGGGCUAGUUCCCCGGGACGCCGUACUGUUAGAGGACUUCUGAUAUUGGCAGCCCUAGCACGACUGGCAGCCAUGUUGGCGCCCGUUACGCUUGAACGGCAAACGUUGAAUUGAGAACACCUAUUUUCAGUUUACGCUUUUUCAUUUUUCCGAGAUUAUUAUGAUGAAUUCACGAAAGAAAAUCUAGCUCGAAUUCGUCAUAUUACAUCUCCAAAUGAUGAAAAAAGUAAACUGUGAGUGGAAAAUGUGCAAUAGGUUUCGGAGUGAGAAUUUAUGUGGAACUAUACUUUGUUUCGUCUGGCAUGUGUUUGAACCUUUGUGUUGUCUAGUUCGAUUCGGAAUGUGAAAAUGAAUGUGAUCGUGAACUCUGCUGUUCAAAGACUAUGUGAAAAUAUGUUUAAUGUAAUUCUAUGUUUCAUACUACUCCACACGUUUGGAGCGCUAUGUUAAUGUCUUAAUCAUUAUUUAAAAUUAUUUAAUUUUGAUGUUGCCUUACUCAGCAAUAUUCAUAACUUCUUCGCAGAAUCUUAACAUCAUUAAAUAUCUCUCACAUUUCUAAUUAUUGUAGUAAAAUCUAGUCUUACGUUUUAAGGCACGACAAGGUCUUGGACUGUAUAUAAAUUUAUUUUAAGUAACACAAAUUGUGGGAAUAUUUACUGGGAAUGACACCGCGUAUUGAAAAAUCUUUGAUGACGCAUUAACAGUAAAUAUUUAUCUCAAUAAUAUGUGAUAUAUAGAAUACUAUACUUUUUAUGGUAGGAACAAAAUCUCAUACCUUAAGGGCAAACUCCAUCGUAUCCUAAAUCAUCUAAUCAUGACUGCCGAGAGAAACACACCCCAAUGUUUUUCGGUGUUUAGAUAAAUUACGUAAAUGUGAAUUUGAUGUCUAAAAUUACCCUCGAUAUUAAUAAAUAAUAUGUGUAUAAUAUACUAAUUACGACCUAUUGGUAUUAGGGAUGUAACAUGGUAGGUAUAAAGUUAAACAAAAUUUUAUAGAAUAUCGAUGACUAAGUAUUAUUUGUGAAUGUUUCACGUUUUAAUCGGGUACGGUGGACCGGAUUAUUGACAAAUUAUUGACAAACCAUCCACAGAUUGUAUUAAUAUACUGGCUACUCUAACUGCACGCGUCCUCUCCUUGACACCCUCCUGUGCAGUCUGUGGUGAAGGGUUCAUUAACUUGAGCGGUGUAGGUAACUAACUGGUGUACAUACUAACUGCACGGCCUUUACCCACACUACCCUUCCCCAAUCUGACCUACACAUUAAAAUUUCAAAUUGACAGAUUUAUAAUAUGGUGUUGGUGCCUAACUAUCGGUGAUAGCUAACUGCAUGCGCCUCUCCACUUCACACAUCCCAAAACCAGCACAAACGUACUUCCUGACAAAAACAGUUGAACAGCCGUACCUGACUCUCAUGUACAUUAUUAGCGGUAUUAAAUCAAUUAUGAUAUCAAGUUUGGUAUUAAAGAUGGAUUCGUCAUCUAAAAUAAAUGUCUGCUUAACAGUCACGAAUAUUAUUGUGAUAUAAUGGUCAUAUCACUGCUAAUAAUAUGCGGAAAGAAUUGAUAUUUUUGGUAUGUAAUGUAUUUUAUUGCUCAAGUUGGAAGCGCAACAUUAUCGGAUGAUAUGAUUGAUAUUAAUAUUCGAGACGUAAUACUCUAAUAUAUUAUACCUAUUAUAAAUUUCAGUAUUCUUUAAUCGGUGUAAAGUGAUUGUACAUAAUAUUAUGGAGUUCUUAUUAGUGAUUUUAGAGGUCAACAUUUGUAACAAAACUUUUGAAUGCACGAUACAGUUCCUCUCGUAGUCCGUCGUGCUAUCGAGUCACAACAUUGGCGAAAUGUAGUCGAUAUACUCGUAGUGAGCUAAAUUAUUAUAACUUGCGUAUAACCGAGGUGUGUUUCUCGAGGCAGUGGUCAUGUAUCGACUCUUGCCAACUACGUUCCGUGAACACGAUGUAAGAGGCUCGUCGACGCGUUAUCUCAUUAACUAAGUGGACGUAAGUUGACACAAAUUAGAACUGUACAAUAGAAAUAAUCUAAACAAUAAUUAGGUUAAUAAUGUUAUCUAAAUUAUAGUUGAAUUAUUUAGAUGAUCGUAACCUCCAUGCUGUGAGAACGGCGAGCGUUUGUAAAAUACACAUUUGAUUACAGUGUUAGGAUUAAUUCGCGCUUUGUGACUGAAUGAUGUGUUGUGGCCUUUGUAUGUAUUAAAGUUAUAUAGUGUUACUGUGUCGUGUGUGUGCGCUUGUUGCAUCAGUUGAACUACCUAUUCAUUGUAUCGUCUACUUAACAUUAAAUAGCAUGGGGAAUGCUUCCACAAAUUAUUUAUUAUAGUAAUCGAAACUCCUAACUAGCUGUUAAAGUAUUAGUCGAACAAACAUGCCUUAAAAUAAUCAAAGUAAUAUCUAUUGAUGGAGCAGGACGUAGUAUUGUUCGCUUUGCGUCAGCUUCUAAGAGUCAACAACUAAUCGCUUCGCAGUUAGUAUCGUUUUGCAGUACCAUAGAGGAGUUUGUUAGUCGUAAGUUUUUAUCAACCGUUUGUAUUAUUGAAUGAUGUUGAACUGGUUUUUAUAAAAUGACAUCCUGCGCGUUCGUUUUAAGGUAUUGUUGGAUACAUGUGGUGAGUCAGUUGUCCUUAUGGGUACAAAAGGUUAAGUUAUUGUACUAUUUUGUGAGUAAGUUCUUAUUUAUAAUUUUUACGAUUGGGAUCAAUAAGUUGGAUUUGUGUUGAAAACUUUAUUUUCUUAAAAAAAAGUGUAAAAACAAAAAGAGGCUUUCGUUACACUACGAAACGCAACGAACGACUGAGAAAUUAUUCCGAAUAUUAUAAUUAAGUUUAUUUCGAAAAAUUAUACUAAUCAAAUUAUGUAUUUUAUCAAUUGUUUUCCGGCGUGACAUUAUCUCAUUCAAUGUAUGUAUCUAUUUGUUUAAAUAUAUUUUUUAUUUGUGUUAAGUGCCAUAAUUUAAUGAAUUAACAAUUGAUAAAUAUUAUUAUAAUGCAUAACCAUGUACACCAAUUAAACAAUAUAUAAAAGAAA